AUCUUCGAGUAUCCAGCUCCAAACUUGUGAGCGUUACACACGCGCGUGUUUUUCGCUGCAAACCUCAAAAAACAUAUGCAUCAUUCUCAAUAUCCUCGCACACUAUCACAAACACUACUAAAACUUUGUCUCCAUCUCCAUAGUAAUAAUUUUUCAAAUACAAAAUAGCAUGAUUCUGAACCCCUCUUUAAGGGCAUUCACCAACACUUCAUCUAACCCAUUUCUCAGACUCAAACGUUUUUCUGUUGCACUCAAUCCCAUUACCUCUUUAUGCGACACUGAUCCUCACAUUGCACAUCAUCUGUUCGACAAAAUUCCUCUGAUAAACCUCAAAGAACAUAACCAGUUAAUCUUCCGUUACUCUCGCAAUAACCAAACCAAAGAAGCGUUCCACCUAUUUGUGUCUCUUCUUCGUUCUUCUUUAACGCCUGAUGAGUCCACAUUGUCCUGUAUUUUUAAGCUUUGUGCUUGCUCCUUUGAUGGGACAUUGGGUAGACAAGUUCAUUGCCAAUGCCUUAAAUUUGGACUAUCGAAUCAUGUUAGUGUAGGAACUUCCCUUGUUGAUAUGUAUAUGAAAACUGAGUCUGUUAGUGAUGGAAGGAGAGUUUUUGAUGAAAUGGGUGAGAGGAAUGUUGUGUCUUGGACUUCAUUGUUCGCAGGUUAUUCGUGGAACGGACUCAAUGAUUAUGUGUGGGAAUUGUUCUGUCAGAUGCAAUGUGAGGGGUGUUUGCCUAAUCAGUUUACAGUUUCUGCUGUUAUUGCAGCUUUGGCCAAAGAGGGUGGUUUUGAUAAAGGAUUGCAAUUUCAUGCCAUGGUUGUGAAGCAUGGUUUCGAGGCGGAAAUACCUGUGUGCAAUUCUCUGAUUAGUUUGUAUUCAAAGUUGGGGAUGUUAAGAGAAGCUAGAGAGGUUUUUGAUAAAAUGGAGAAUAAGGAUUGGGUGUCUUGGAAUAGCAUGAUUGCAGGACAUGUGACAAAUGGACAGGAUUUAAAGACUUUUGAAACUUUUAAUAGCAUGCUACUUGCAGGGGCUAAGCCUACUUAUAUGACAUUUGCUAGUGUUAUUAAGUCAUGUGCUAGUGUUAGAGAAUUGAUGUUAGUAAGAAUGAUGCAGUGUAAGGCCCUGAAGAGUGGUUUUAUUACACACCAAAUUGUCGUAACUGCGCUCAUGGUAGCGUUGAGUAAGUGCAAGGAAAUGGACGAUGCGUUUAGUCUAUUCUCGUUGAUGGAAGAGGGUAAGAAUGUGGUGUCAUGGACUGCUAUGAUCAGUGGUUACUUGCAGAAUGGUGGCACGGACCAUGCUGUGAAUUUGUUUUCCCAAAUGAGGAGGGAAGGUGUCAAACCAAAUCAUUUCACAUAUUCUGCUAUCCUUACUGUGCAGCAUACUGUUUUCGUUUCUGAAAUGCAUGCCGAAGUUAUCAAAACUAAUUAUGAAAAGUCGUCUUCGGUGGGAACUGCACUUUUAGAUGCUUAUGUUAAACUAGGAAAUAUUAAUGAUGCUGUAAAAGUUUUUGAGAUAAUUGAAACAAAGGACUUAAUGGCAUGGUCAGCAAUGCUAUCAGGGUAUGCACAAACAGGGGAAACUGAAGGAGCUGCUAAAAUCUUCCGCCAAUUGAUAAAAGAGGGGAUCAAACCAAAUGAGUUUACCUUUUCCAGCAUCAUUAAUGCAUGUACUGCUCCUACUGCGGCAUCCGAACAAGGAAAACAAUUCCAUGCCUAUGCGAUUAAGAUGAGAUUAAACAAUUCUUUAUGUGUAAGUAGUGCUCUUGUUACCAUGUAUGCAAAGAGAGGCAAUAUCGAUAGCGCACAUGAAGUUUUCAAAAGACAACGUGAGAGGGACUUGGUUUCUUGGAACUCAAUGAUCUCUGGAUAUGCACAGCAUGGCCAGGCCAAGAAAGCUUUAGAGGUAUUCGAUGAGAUGCAAAGACGAAACAUGGAAGUGGACGAGGUAACAUUCAUCGGAGUCAUUACUGCGUGCACGCAUGCUGGCCUAGUGGACAAAGGUCAAAAGUACUUCAAUUCAAUGAUCAAUGAUCAUCACAUUAAUCCAACAAUGAAGCACUAUUCUUGCAUGAUCGAUCUCUAUAGCCGUGCAGGGAUGCUGGAAAAAACCAUGCAUAUCAUAAACGAGAUGCCAUUUCCUCCUGGUGCAACCGUGUGGCGCACUCUCUUGGGAGCCGCUCGAGUACACCACAAUAUAGAUCUCGGUGAACUUGCUGCUGAAAAACUUAUUUCUCUGCAGCCGGAAGACUCGGCUGCAUAUGUAUUAUUAUCCAAUUUGUAUGCUGCAUCAGGAAACUGGCAAGAAAGAACCAAUGUGAGAAAACUGAUGGAUAAGAGAAAAGUGAAAAAAGAACCAGGGUAUAGCUGGAUUGAGGUGAAAAACAAGACAUACUCAUUCUUGGCUGGUGAUUUGACACACCCUUUGUCAAACCAAAUUUACUCAAAACUUUCAGAAUUGACUAUCAGGUUGAAAGAUGCAGGUUAUCAACCUGAUACAAACUAUGUAUUUCAUGAUAUUGAAGAUGAACAAAAAGAAACUAUUCUUUCUCACCAUAGUGAAAGGCUUGCUCUUGCUUUUGGGUUAAUAGCUACAGUUCCUGAAAUUCCUAUCCAGAUUGUGAAGAAUCUUAGGGUCUGUGGAGAUUGUCAUAACUAUAUCAAGUUAGUAUCACUCAUUGAACAGAGAUAUAUCGUUGUCAGAGAUUCAAAUCGGUUUCAUCACUUUAAAAAUGGAUUGUGCUCAUGUGGAGACUACUGGUGAUAUUUGGGCUAUAAUGUUUUAAUUUGAAGAUGCUUAAGCACCAUGUGCAUUAGACCGUUUUUGCCGGAGAAUCCAUGAAGCAUAAAUUUUAAUGGAAGCUUCAUGUAAAGAGACUUGUCGGAUUAGGAAUUGAAAUCCCAAGUACUAUUAUAUUUGGUUCUUCAACUUGUGAAGGAUGAUCCAUCAACAAAACUUUCAGAAAAUAUACCUUCAGUAUUGCUAUGACAAAAAAGUUCGUAGCAUUUCUAUAAUUCGUUAACUGAUUGUAGAAAUCCUCUAAUGUCCCAGCCAAUUUUGCCGAUGAACUGAUUCAAGACAAUUAAUAAUUAAUUUAAUUAUUUGUGAAAAUUCAUCAGAAAACAGAAAGAUAUUUAUUGCAUACAAGUA